AAAGCGUCCUGCGCGAUGCCUCCGCGGUUUCGCGACAGUGUCUUGCUCAGAUUCAAGAUGGCGUCGACGUCGGUGCUGGGGCCGAGCGUGGGGCUGGCGGGGGGCUGCCCGGACUGGACCCACCAGGAGGUCACCACCGGGACAACCAUCAUGGCUGUGGAGUUUGAUGAUGGGGUUGUGAUUGGGGCCGACUCCAGGACCACCACAGGCUCUUACAUCGCCAACCGAGUCACGGACAAGCUGACGCAGAUCCACGACCACAUUUUCUGCUGCCGGUCGGGUUCUGCAGCUGACACUCAAGCCAUUGCUGAUGCUGUGACAUACCAGCUGGGCUUCCACAGCAUUGAGCUGGACGAGCGCCCUCUGGUGCACACCGCUGCCAGCCUCUUCAAAGAGAUGUGCUACCGAUACCGGGAGGAUCUCACAGCCGGGAUCCUUGUGGCUGGCUGGGACAAGCGCAAAGGGGGCCAGGUGUACUCGGUCCCUAUGGGCGGGAUGAUGGUGCGCCAGCCCUUCUCCAUCGGCGGGUCCGGCAGUUCCUACAUCUAUGGCUUUGUCGAUGCCACUUACAAGCCGGGCAUGAGCAAAGAGGAAUGUUUGACCUUCACAGCCAACGCCCUCUCCCUGGCCAUGGACCGCGACGGCUCCAGCGGGGGAGUGAUCCGCCUGGCCGCCAUCACGAAGGACGGGGUGGAGCGCAAGGUCAUUCUGGGGAACGAUCUGCCCCGGUUCUCCUCCCUCUGAAAAAUGGGGAGGGGGCCCAUGCCUUUUGGUGGGGUGGGAGGGGCCGGGGAAGGGAGUCUGUAGCUUGUUCUCUUUUCAGAUGGUCUGAUGUUGUAUUAAAAUAUGGGGCACAAAA